AUGACCAAGGGAACGACAUCUCGCGGUACUCGCAAUGAUAAGACCCAUAUCAUCUCCCGAAUCACCGGUCGACGAGCCUACCAUCUUCAGAAGAAGCGAGACUCUCGACGAGGCCGAUUCAACUGGUCGACCAAGGCCAAGCGCCGAACUGCCCCCGGAACUGGCCGAGCAAAGCACCUCAAGGACGUGAACCGACGAUUCCAUAACGGAUUCAGAGAAGGCGUCACCGCCAAGAAGGUCCAGAACAAAAGCGCAGUAACUGUCCGUAAUUCCGAUCGGCGAAAGUUGAAAAGUCGCUUUGCCUAUUUCUUUCCCGAAACUCCGGAAGAGACGCUCAAUUCCAUGGUGCCGGCGAAGGGCGAUUUGAAAGAAAUGAAGGUGGUUACGCAUAAAGGAGAGCCAGUAACUGUAUUUACCGUGGAAGGGGAACCAACAGUGAUCGAGAUGAAAAACGGGACAUUGAUUCCUUAUCUCUACUCGCUCUGGAGCUAUGAAUUUCUGGGUGUUCCGACGCUCCAUACGACUGGAAAUGUCCUCGAACGAUUCGCCAACGGAGCCGAUUUGAUGGCACCGGGAAUAAUUCUUUCUCCUGGGGUCGGGGUGCACGAGAAAAUUGAACGGAACAAAGCCGUUUGCAUCAAAAUCGCCGGGCAAAAGCACUUCGUCGCGAUAGGAGUAGCGGAGCAAUCCACAGAGCAGCUUUCGAAGGGCUUGAGCGGCAAAGCCGUGAAGAUUGUCUCGUGCGUUGGCGAUCAGCUCUGGGCGAGUGGGAGCAAGAAGAUCCCACCCACUGAGACAGAUCCGCAGUUCAGAACGCUGACGCAAGAAGAUAUCGAAAAUUUGGAUAUCAAUGAUUGGGACUCACUUUAA